AUGGCCAUGAAGAGUCCAAAGAAAAAGACAAAAAUUAAAGAAACUUGUCCCUCAUUCCGUCGUGGACAUCUAGCAAGUGACGAAGAUGUCAAGCGGUUGAGAACCUUGACUGAACCUCAUGUGGAAUCGUUCAACUACUUCUUGGACGAAGGUCUCAUACGAGGCGUCCGGGAUAUCGAACCAGCGGAAUUGGAUAUUUUGGACAUGAAAAAAUUGAGAGAAGGGGCAAAAAUUGACUUGAAUGAAGUGUCGACUGUCAAGUUUUGGCUCGAGGAUGUCAAAAUUAUUAAGCCUACGAAGGCAGCGGGUGGUCGAUCGAACAUGAAGUUGAUUCCAAGAGAGUGUAGAGAACGGAAAAUUGUAUAUGCCGGUCAAAUUAUUGGAAAGUUCUGCCACCGAAUUAUUCAAAGACGUAAUGGUGUCGAAAUUCCCGGUCCAGUCACCAAAGUGGCCAAGACAUUCGGAAAUAUGCCGAUAAUGGUUCUGAGUAACGCUUGUCAUUUGAACGGCUUGAUGUCAAAGGAGCUUGUCAAACUUCGGGAGGAGGACAACGAGUUCGGUGGAUACUUCUUGAUGAACGGUAUUGAGAGGUGCGUCCGCAUGCUUCAAAUCCCUCGAAGGAAUCACCCAACUGCAAUCCAAAGAUCCAACUACAAAAACCGUGGCGCGACCUACACUGAUUUAGGUGUAGCUAUCCGUUGCGCUCGCCACAACGGUGAUCAGUCGAGCAUCACAAACACAGUCCAUUACUUGACAACGGGUGGUGCUACAUUGAAAUUUGUUGCAAGAAAACAAGAGUUUCUCAUCCCUAUAUUGAUUAUCCUACGGGCAUUGAGUGGACCGCAAUCUACGUCAUCUCCAGCUGAUGCUGCGGGAGGAUCUACAGUCGGAAUUACCGAUGAAGAAUUGUACCAACGGAUUGUUCAAGGCGACGAAAGUAACACUUUCUUGCGAGCGCGAGCAGAGCUUUUGUUGCAAGAUGCCAAAGCACGAUUUCCCAAUCUGAACACUCCGGAUCAGUGCUUGGCAUACAUUGGAUCUCGAUUCCGAAGACUGAGCCAACGUGCCGAUACAACGAAUGAUAUUGAAAUCGGGCACUAUAUGAUUCGCCGAUACGUUUUGAUUCACCUUCCCAGCUAUAAAGACAAGUUGGAAUGCGUUCUGCUCCUUCUCCGCAAACUUUACUCCUUCGCUGCAGGAGACUGUGGUGUUGACAAUGCGGAUUCCCUACAAAACCAAGAACUUCUUACUCCUGGACACUUGAUGUGCACUUUUGUCAAGGAGAAGUUUGAUGAAAUGCUUCAGGCGAUUCGACUUGGAAUGACUAUUGAGAUGAGAAAAGAUUUUUCGCGCUUUGCUGGAAAGAUCCAAGAUGGUGCCUUCUGGAUCAAACUCUUUGACAGAUAUUCUGGUAUUUCUUCGGGAGGCAUUGGAAAGAAAGUUGGGCAUUUCCUUUCUACUGGAAACAUCAUUUCGUCCAGUGGACUUGAUCUCAUGCAAGUUUCCGGUUAUACUAUCGUUGCUGAGCGGUUAAACUUUCUGAGAUAUUGCUCUCAUUUCAGGUCAGUCCAUCGUGGCCAGUUUUUCAUGGAAAUGAAGACUACAGCCGUCCGAAAACUUCUCCCGGACCAAUGGGGCUUCUUAUGUCCAGUUCACACACCAGAUGGAGGACCAUGUGGUCUUCUGAGUCACUUAUCUUUAAAAUGUUCCGCAAUGGCAAGUCCAGCGGCGGCAAAUGCAAAAGGAAUGGUUAACCUUGACGAUCUUCUUGCGGGGAUGGGAGUCAGCCCUAUUGGCGCUGGAGGACACAAAGGCGAAGGACGAGCCGCAUCAAUCCAUACGAAUUUCCCUGUUUGCUUGGAUGGACGACUGAUUGGUACUGCCAGUCCAAGUGCCUGUAAAGCCAUUGCUGCUCAACUUAGAUCACUGAAGGUUGCUGAACCUCCUCAAGUUCCAAAAACACUAGAGGUUGCACUAAUUCCUCUUGGUGAUAAAGGAUCACCAUACCCUGGACUCUAUUUAUUCACUGGAGCAGCCAGACUUGUCCGGCCCGUUUUGCAGCGAGCAAGUGGAAGAACUGAAAUGAUUGGUCCAAUGGAGCAAGCAUUCAUGGACAUUGCCUGUCUCGAUCAGGACGUUCGAGAGGGCAUUACCACCCAUAUGGAAUUAGAUCCAACCAAUAUGCUCAGCUUGAUCGCCAAUUUAACUCCCUUUUCAGAUCAAAAUCAGUCUCCAAGAAACAUGUAUCAGUGUCAGAUGGGAAAACAAACGAUGGGAACGCCUGGACACUCAUUGCCAUUCCGGACUGAUAACAAGCUAUAUAAGCUGCAAAAUCCACAAGCUCCGAUUGUUCAAACUGCAACACAUGGAGAAUACAAGAUGGAUGAGUAUCCAAAUGGUGCCAAUGCUGUUGUCGCCGUUUUGAGUUACACUGGAUAUGACAUGGAGGAUAGUGUUAUCCUGAACAAAAUGUCUGUUGAGAGAGGAUUCGGCCACGCCAGUGUUUACAAAACAAUCGAAGUUGACUUGCAGGAAGAGGCAAAGAUGGCUUCGGAAUCUGCGACGAAUCCAGAAAUGAAAUUCUCCAACAAAGUUAAUAAAGACGGACAAUUCGUUCAUCAAAAUCUUGAAGCAGAUGGCCUUCCAGAAGUAGGUUCUGUUUUGGAGAAAGGAGACCCGUUGUACUGCGUCCUUGAUGAUGUUGCAGGGCGUGACAAGUCUGGAAAGCACAAAGAUAAUGAAAGGGCAUACGUUCAAUCUGUUCGAAUGGUUGGCAGUGAUUCUGGAAAAUCAGCUGAAAAUAAGGCCUCCAUCACUCUUCGGUACAACCGAAACCCUGUCAUUGGAGAUAAAUUUUCAAGUCGUCACGGCCAGAAAGGAGUUUUGAGUAUUUUAUGGCCUCACCAGGAUAUGCCGUUUAGUGAAAGUGGCAUUACACCUGAUGUCAUUAUCAACCCUCACGCAUUUCCCAGUCGAAUGACAAUUGGUAUGCUUGUGGAGAGUAUGGCAGGGAAGUCAGGGGCUCUUCAUGGUAUCUACCAAGAUGCGACUCCGUUCCAGUUCCAUGAGUCUGGAGAUAAAAUAUCUGUGGAUUACUUUGGAGAGCAGCUUCAGGCAGCGGGUUACAAUUACUAUGGAAGUGAACCACUGUACAGUGGAGUUUCUGGAUGCUUGAUGCAAGCGGACUUGUACAUUGGAGUUGUGUACUACCAACGUCUUCGACACAUGGUUUCUGAUAAAUACCAAGUGCGAGCUACUGGGCCUGUGAACCCUCUAACUCGCCAGCCGAUCAAGGGAAGGAAAAAGGGAGGAGGUAUUCGUCUGGGUGAAAUGGAAAGGGACAGUCUUCUGAGUCACGGGGCAGCAUUCCUCCUCCAUGACAGAUUACUGAACUGCAGUGACAAACAUACUGGAUUUGCCUGUACACGAUGUGGAGAUCUCCUAAACCCUUCAACCGAGCGAAGUACCAUCUUGUCGGCAGGACAAAGCUCGGCGGAAGCCAGCCAGAAGGCAAAGCUUCGGCUCAUCUGCCGCAACCCGAAAUGCCUCGAGCAGGUCAGAGAAGAGGGUAGUGAUGAAUGUGUGGAACCAAUCAUCUUGCCAUAUGUCUAUCGCUACCUGGCGAAUGAGCUCGCUGCGAUGAAUAUGAAGUUGAAGCUUGAAAUAAAAUAG